AUGGACAGACUUCCGGAACUCGGACUGGAUCACGAGCGACCAUUUGUUGCGACAGAGGUCCUCGAAACCGUGAAUUUCCAAGGCCUGACGCCUCCACCUCAACCGGCCUACCCUCCGUCACUGGCUGAUUGGGAAGAUUAUAAGCCUAUAAUUCAACAGCUAUAUGUCCAAGAAGGGCGAAGUCUCUCCGAGGUCCAGAGGACUCUCUGUCAGAAAUACCAUUUCAAGGCCUCGUGCCGGUCCUACAAGAACAAGCUCCGAUCGUGGGGGAUCCGCAAAUAUUAUCGGGCGGGCACUCCCCAGUCGAAUCCGCUGGGCAUUCUGUUUGAUCCCGACACUGCUCUGAUUUCUACGUUCAGUAGCGACUUCUCCGCAAGAUCGAUCAAGACCGAGGAUGAUGGUCGCUCUAUCACAGACUCACGGUCGCGGACGGGCAGUCUGUCACUUGAGCGUUCCUCACUGCCGGUCGAAUUUGAUCAUGAAAGUCCGGGACAGCAACCAGGCAGGCAGCAGGAGCUGAUCAAGCGACUCCCCGAUGUUCCAAACCCCGUACCCAGCUUCUUUAUCAAAGACGAGAUCAACGACACAGUCGAGUCGAUCGUUAUGGCCACGGAUGCCUUUACAAGGUGUUUCGUAGACGUCCCGGCUUCGCUUAUUACCAUAGACACACCCAUCACGACAAUUAGACCAUUCCGGCGACGGAAAAACUACAUCUGGAACCGUUUUCAGCACGGUCUAAACCUGCUGGAGCAAGGGGAGGUCCAGAAGGCCUUUGCCGACUUUCAACAGGGUUGUGCUAUGGCCGAGGAGUAUCUGCUUUGCCCUUCUAAACACACUCUGGUGAGUCUGUUGCUGGUCAUGGGGAACCGCCGCUGGGAACACCAUCUGCAGGCAUGGCAGUCCGUCCUGCGGUUCAUCUCCGCCAUGUCCGCGAAAGCGCUGGGGAAUCGACACCCUUUGACACAUAUCGUGGGCAAGAUAGAGGAUUGGAACUUGAUGCGCGGCGUUGCGCAGCUUUCUCUGGCUGUCAUGUUGGACCUGAAGCUACAGGACCUAGGCCCGACGCACCCGGACGUCCUUCUUCUGCGGCAAAGCCAUUCGAUCGAGCUGAUGCGCCAGGGAGAGUUUGAGCGGAGUGAGUCCCUGAUCCAAGAAUCCUGCCGCGUGAGUCGCCACGUCUACGGGCCGUCCAGCCUGGCGACGCGCAAUUGUCUGCGCCGGCUGGGCAAUUUAUAUUUCGAGCAGCAGCGCUGGGAUGACGCCGAGAGCGUAUUUGAGAACAUCCUUGCGCUGGACUCCGAGUCGAAUUCCCACCGUGGCCCGGCCGACCAAAGCAGUAUCUUCACGUGCCAGAACCUGUCGCUUGUCAACUGCCGCAGGGGCGAUUUGGCCAAAAGCAACUACUGGGCUCAGCAGGAACUGGACCUGGCCCUCAAGAUCUACGGGUCCGACGACGAGUACUAUAACGACUGUGUGAGGAGGAUGGCUGCGCGGCUUGACGGCGAGCCCCCAGAGAAGUGGUUUUCGUGGCUCGAGCUCAGUUGA